AUGGUGGGUUUAGGUUUGAUGCAGCAUGUGGGUGUGGCCCUGACAUCGUGCCAUGGACAACUGAAACCGACAACAUCUGAAUUUAGGGUCAGAAUCCGAUGUUCCUCCGACGUUGUAGUGUCUAGGAAGCAAGUGCUGGAGAAAUUAGACGAGGAGUUAGCAAAGGGAGAUGAUAGAGCUGCGCUGGCACUUGUGAAGGAUUUGCAGGGUAAGCCUGGAGGGCUUCGGUGUUUCGGUGCAGCCAGACAGGUGCCUCAAAGGCUUUACACCUUGGAUGAAUUGAGGCUCAAUGGAAUUGAGACUUUGUCUCUUCUGUCGCCUGUGGACACUACUCUUGGUUCGAUAGAGAGGAACCUUCAGAUUGCUGCUAUUGUAGGAGGCCUUGCUGCAUGGAAUGCCUUUGCAAUUUCCCCACAACAAAUCUUCUAUAUAUCACUGGGGUUGCUAUUUCUAUGGACACUAGACGCGGUCUCUUUUGGUGGAGGUAUUGGCAGCUUGGUUGUUGAUACAAUUGGUCACAGCUUCAGUCAGAAAUACCACAAUAGGGUUAUUCAACAUGAAGCUGGCCACUUUUUAAUUGCUUAUCUGGUAGGUAUACUUCCUAAAGGAUAUUCUAUUUCUAGUUUGGAUGCUCUGCAGAAGGAGGGAUCUCUGAAUAUUCAAGCAGGCACAGCCUUUGUGGAUUUUGAGUUUCAAGAAGAAGUUAGUACAGGAAAAGUAUCAGCUACAACAUUGAGCAGAUUUUCAUGUAUAGCAUUGGCUGGGGUCUCUACUGAGUAUCUUAUAUAUGGAUUUGCUGAAGGUGGCCUUGAUGACAUAAGAAAGUUGGAUUUACUGCUCAAGGGUCUCGGCUUCACACAGAAGAAGGCAGAUUCUCAAGUUAGAUGGUCUUUGCUAAACACAGUCUUUCUCUUGCGGAGGCAUGAAGCAGCUCGAGCUAAGCUUGCAGAGGCCUUGUCAAUGGGAAAAUCUGUAGGAUCCUGCAUUGACAUUAUAGAGAGUUCUAUCGCUUUUUCAGACCUCUGA